CCUGAAGCUUUUCCUCAGGAUUAUAAAUUCUUCCGAAGAAUAAGCAAUCAAAGUAACAACUGGAUUUUUUUUCAACCUCAAAACCACUAGCACCUUUAACAGAUUUGGGGAUUUCUUCCUACUGCUGCACCCUUAUUACAAGGAUAUUUAAGAAUUUACAUCGGGUCAGAACACUUGUUUUUGUGAGAAAUGCUCUGUCGUCGCUGAUGGGUGUCUGGACACGUUACCACAUACUGUACCCUACAAUUAGCUACCCUGCGUAAUAAAAUCGGCUUAAAAAUAUGCAAAGGGAGACAAAUCCUAGUGCUUCCCUUAUUGACAGAACCAUCAAGAUGAGAAAAGAAACAGAAGCUAAGAAAGUGGUUUUAGCCUGGGGACUCCUAAAUGUAUCUAUGGCUGGAAUGAUAUACACUGAAAUGACUGGAAAAUUGAUUAGUUCGUAUUAUAAUGUGACAUACUGGCCCCUCUGGUAUAUUGAGCUUGCCCUUGCCUCCCUCUUUAGCUUAAACGCCUUAUUUGAUUUUUGGAGAUAUUUCAAAUACACUGUGGCACCAACAAGUCUGGUGGUUAGCCCUGGACAGCAAACACUUUUAGGGUUGAAAACAGCUGUUGUACAGACUACUCCUCCACAUGAUCUGGCAGCAACCCAGAUCCCUCCCUCUCCACCUUCUCCUUCAAUUCAGGGUCAGAGUGUGUUGAGUUAUAGCCCAUCUCGUUCACCCAGUACCAGCCCCAAGUUCACCACCAGCUGUAUAACUGGAUAUAGCCCCCAGCUGCAAGGUCUGUCAUCAGGGGGCAGCGGUUCCUAUAGCCCUGGAGUGACUUACUCUCCCAUCGGUGGUUAUAAUAAGUUGGCAAGCUAUAGUCCCUCUCCUUCUUCUCCAUACCCUACUACUGUUGGACCAGUGGAGAGCAGUGGAUUGAGAUCUCGCUACCGGUCUUCACCCACUGUCUAUAAUUCCCCUACUGACAAAGAAGACUACAUGACAGACUUACGAACUUUGGAUACUUUUCUUAGAAGUGAAGAAGAGAAACAGCAUAGAGUUAAGCUGGGGAGCCCAGACUCUACCUCGCCUUCCACCAGUCCCACUUUCUGGAACUAUAAUCGUUCUAUGGGAGAUUAUGCACAAACUCUAAAGAAGUUUCAGUAUCAACUUGCCUGCAGGUCUCAGGCUCCCUGUGCUAACAAAGAUGAAGCUGAUCUUAGUUCUAAACAAGCAGCAGAGGAGGUUUGGGCAAGAGUGACUAUGAAUAGACAACUUCUUGAUCAUAUGGAUUCAUGGACUGCUAAGUUCAGAAACUGGAUCAAUGAGACAAUAUUAGUGCCCCUCGUACAAGAGAUGGAGUCUGUCAGCACACAGAUGAGACGAAUGGGCUGUCCUGAGCUUCAGAUAGGAGAGGCUAGUAUUACUAGCUUGAAACAAGCUGCUCUGGUCAAAGCUCCUCUCAUUCCAACUUUGAAUACAAUUGUGCAGUAUCUGGACCUUACACCAAAUCAGGAGUACUUGUUUGAAAGGAUCAAAGAACUUUCUCAGGGAGGCUGUAUGAGUUCAUUUCGAUGGAAUAGAGGUGGAGACUUCAAAGGACGCAAGUGGGAUACAGACCUGCCCACUGAUUCUGCUAUCAUCAUGCAUGUAUUUUGCACCUACCUCGAUUCCAGAUUACCUCCGCAUCCGAAGUACCCUGACGGAAAAACAUUUACUUCUCAGCACUUUGUUCAGACACCAAAUAAACCAGAUGUGACAAAUGAGAAUGUUUUUUGCAUUUAUCAAAGUGCUAUCAACCCUCCCCAUUAUGAGCUAAUCUACCAGCGUCAUGUCUACAAUCUUCCAAAGGGCCGAAAUAAUAUGUUUCAUACAUUGUUAAUGUUCCUCUACAUCAUAAAGACCAAAGAGUCAGGAAUGCUUGGGAGAGUUAAUCUUGGUCUGUCCGGUGUGAAUAUUUUGUGGAUUUUUGGCGAGUAGUGGGUCAUUUAAUUCCAAACAUUUGGACUUUUAUUUGAUUGAACCAGAAGUUGAAUCUAAGCAUCUCUGGGUCACUUCCUCUUUUGAAAUAAGAUACAUAUGUGUGUCUUACACUUUAGAUAUAACAAAAAAUUAGCUAUUAUGAAAGUUCCUUGUAAAUAUAUGUCCUAAAUCUUAUAUAUCAAAAGACAUUACUUGUACUUUUUUUAUUACCUUUCAGAUUUUUCAGUUGCCUAUAAAACUGCAACCCUUCAGGUAUUUGCUGACCCAAAACAGUGCAAUUUCCCCUCCAUUAAGAAAUUUGAGUCCUUUUUCAUUGUAACCUACAAAUGAGAAUCAUCCCCCUAAUUUUUCCCUGCAAAAAAACUUUUUUUUAUUUGCAUUAUUUGGUGUAAAUACUUGGAAAGAAACAAGGAAAUUGCUAAUUCAGCUUUUUUAUCUCUAUACUUAACUGUUCUAUAAGUCAGCCCGUGGCCCAUAUUUAAAGAAAGGAGAUAAACUUCUCAGUAAUGUAUUAGUCUAAUUGUAUUUUUAAGUAUUAUUGAAAGAGGUUUAACAGUAUUGGCAUUUUAAAAAGUCAACUCUCAGAUUAAAUGUUAACUGAUAACAUUAUACUAUUUGGGUCUUAGGUUAAAAGGCUGAAGACAUCAAGAAACAGCUGCUUUGGUUUUAAUAACUCAAUUUGACUAUUCCAUUAUAUUGCAUUAUUUUUAAGAGUUCUCUAAGAUCAUACAGUAUCUGUUUAAAAUUUUUAGGUAUGUUCAGAAUAUUUGAAGAGUAAGAAGUGACUAAGUUUGUAAGUUUUGUUUGACUGUUUUCUUAUAUAUCUGUAUAUAAAAUCUCUAAAGCUGGCUAGCAGUUGCAUUUGUUUUCUGGUCUGACAUAUUACUAGAAACUGUUUCUGCCACGUUAUGUAAACCUGAAAACAACUAAAAGCAGUACCUUCUGAGUAACUGCCUGUUGGGCCUGUAUAUGUAGCCCAUUUCUGAUGAUUUGUAAAUUCUGUUUUUCAAAAAGCUGUUUCUGUUUUAAAAAGGUCUUAUGUCCAAAAGAAAGGAAGUUUCUUUUAACUGCUUUUGAUGUAUGUUAAAUAUGUUUGCUAUGAUAUUUUAGAAGAAAAUAAUCAACAUGUUAAAUAUAAGAACAUAUCAAAAUGUAAGUACUAUUUCAGAAGUCAUUGAAGGUGUCAUGGAAGAACACUUGUUAUGCUGUUAAACUAUUCAGUUGCAUAUUCUUAAAGGGAAUAAGGAGAAAAAAUUUAAUAACACAUUGACAAAAUUGUUUUUUCUUUAUAAGACUUAAGGCAGCUUUUACUCUAAAAAUUCAAAGCUAUGAUAUUUUAUUUUAUAACUGACUGUCAAGAAAAUACCAUAUAUGGGAAAUCUAACAUGUGAAAAGACUAGGGAUCCACACUAAGAAAGAAAAGCUGCUGUUUGCCUACUCGAGUCUGGUGUGGUUCACUACAGUCUCAUUAACUUUUCCUGUAUUGACCUGUCUUCACACGUUUGAGCCGGCUUAUAUUUAAGUGUAGCCUUUAUUGAAAGUAUUUUGAUGAAUUAAUUAGUUGGGAUUCACACUGCAGAUACGGUAAAUUUUCUUUGGUCUUUGUGUUAAAAUGAGUAUCUACUUUUCUCUAAUUAAAUGUUAUUUAUAGGAUAA